AUGAAACUUCAACAUAUCUUCAUUUCAACGAUUUUGUUUAAUAAUCUAAAUAUACGAUUACGUAUUUUCACUAUUUCGGAAAUAUGCAAUAUAUAUGUUCAAUCAUCCUUCAAAGGAAAACAUAAGAGAGAAAGAGAAAAUGAAGUGUUUUUGUCGUCUGCAGGUCCGGUGUACCGGAAUCUUUUGUCGGAGAAAGGUUUUCCUCCUCGAGAUUCUGAUAUCAUCACUACUUGGGACAUUUUCAGUAAAUCUGUGGAAAAAUUUCCUGAUAACAAGAUGCUUGGAUGGCGUCAAAUUGUGGAUGAGAAGGUUGGACCGUAUAUGUGGAAAACGUACAAGGAAGUAUACGAAGAAGUUCUCUUGAUCGGCUCAGCGCUACGAGCUGGAGAGUGAUUCGUAUGCGUUUAGUAUAUUAGGUUACCUCAAGACUUUGUGACAGAUUGUAUGAAGGAUUCUCUGUGAUACCAAAUGGGAAACUGGUUAUGGCCUUUGGCCUGGUGAACUUAAUUACUUAGUUGGUUAUUAGGAAAAUCUGAGAUUGUGUGUUUUCAAGCUCAUAUUGAAGUUUGAAUUUGCUUUGACUACUAGUGUUAGCAUUCAGAUGGUUGAGAAAAUUAC